AUGAUAAACAUAUAUUUACCUGAACCAACACAAUCAACGUGGUUACAGUCAGCAGAAACAUUUUUAUCGAAGUGGAAUUUUCCAAAUGCCAUCGGUAGCAUCGAUGGUAAACAUGUUACCAUAAAAUGUCCUAAUAAUACCGGUUCAAGACACUUCUGUUACCUAAAAAAAUUUUCAGUCGUCCUCAUGGCCAUUGUGGAUGCAGAUUAUAAGUUUGUUUGUGUAGAUAUAGGUGGAUAUGGCCGUAAUAGUGAUGGAGGAAUUUUUGAAGCAUCAAUUAUGGGACAACGUUUUCAAAAUAAAACAAUAAAUGUACCCGUCGACCAACCAUUACCUAAUCAACAGGAACCAACGCCAUAUGUACUAUUGGGAGACGAAGCUUUUCCAUUGAAACCAUACUUAAUGAGGCCAUUUCCCUACCGUCAGUCAAGGCAAGAACAUACAAAAGAUUUGUUUAACUACAGAUUAUGCCGUGCUAGACGCGUCGUAGAAAAUGCAUUUGGGAUUUUGUCUAAAAAAUUUAGAAUUUACUCCAGACCAUUGGAAAUGAAUAUAGAUACAGUAAAACACGUAAUACAUCAGGCGAUACAGAUUAUUUUGAAUAUAUUGAACAAGAACAACAACCGGACUUGA